GUUCUUCCAAUUAUGUUUUUUUUCAAUAUCUUGUUGGUUACAAACAGUGACUGGUCAAUUUCCGAGAAUGCAGUUUUCAAAGAUAGCCCUGAGAAUAUAGAGAAGUAGAGUUUUUGCGUGAAUUGAGCUUAAGCCCCACAUUCAGUAAAGUUGUGGAAAGCUCAUAUCUUUAACAUGUUUUUAACAAAUUACACCCUUUUGGUUGCAGAAUCUCAUGAGCCUAACCAAUCAUUUUGAUUGUCCUCAUAGUUUGUUACUGACACAUUGUAGGUACUGUUUGUGCAAAUUAAAACUGUUCUAAGUUUCUGCUUUUGUUUCCCCCAAAAAACAUCAGGCUCCACAAUGAGGGUUGCUAUUGUCACAAGAGGAAACCAAUUUUUCAUCGAAGUUGGUGCCCAAGAAACAGUUGUAGCAAUCAAGAGGAAAAUAGAGCAACUUCAUGGGGUUCCAGUGGCUUCACAAGUCCUCUCAGUUACUGGGUGGGAACUGGUUGAUGGAUUGGACAUGGAUGAUUAUCCAAUAGUCACUGAAGGUACAAAAAUUGACCUCACCAUCAAACCAGCAGAGCCACACCCUAACAAAAUGCAAAUCACAGUCAAAUUUUCAGCUAAAAAGCUCAGCAUUGAGGUGGACAGAACAGACACUGUUCGUAGCUUGAAGGAAAAAAUUCACAUCAUUGAUAGCACCCCCAUCAAAAGAAUGACACUUUACUUUUCAGGGACUGAACUUGAUGAAGAUUUUAGAACCUUAAGUGAAUAUGGCAUUGGUGAAUUUUGUGAGAUUGUUGUGUUCCUCAAGACCAUGAAUCGAUCAAGAGAUGAACCCCCCACAAGGAAGUUAAGCUUGGUUGUGCAAACUUCUUCUAGUUUGCUUAAUGCAGCCACCAUUCCAUUGGAGAUGAGAGAUGCAAACACAGUGAAUGAGUUGAAGCAGUUACUGAUAAGCAGAAAGAUUCUUCCUUCUGAUGACUAUUUGUUUAUACACAGACAGAGGAUUAUGCGUGAUAGUUGUAGCCUCAGGUGGCAUGGAGUUGAAAAUGGAGACUGUCUCUAUGUGUUUAAGGGAACAGUUAGCACUAGUGGCUAUGCAUGA